AUGGAGCGCCUGCAGAAGGAGGAGGCGCAGAAGGAGGCAGAGCAGGCCGAGCGGCGGCAGAGGGCGAAACAGCAGGAGAUGGAGCGCCUGCAGAAGGCGGAGCAGUGCCGAGCAGAGAAGAGGGCCAGACUUGCAUCCUACGCGGAACAGCAGCAGCAACUGGAGGCAAAGGCAAAGGCGAUGGCUGAAGAGACAAAACGAUUGGCAAGGGAGAUGGAAGAGGAGGAUUUGACCAUGCAGGGGGAGGGGACCUGGAAGGGAGUCGAGGAGGAAAUAGUUGAGGGCCUGGGGAGUUUGCUGUUGAUUGAGAGCGGGGAGGCGAAUGUAGCAGAGGGCGUGGCUAUUGUUCCCGUACAGAACAUAGAGGUGUCCAGGAGGCGGCCUAGACAGGAGGACAGGGAACCGGAGGGUCAUGUGGCUAAGAGACGACGUGCAGCUGGUAUACAGGAGUUGAUACCGAUAAUCCCAGGGGAAAAGAAAGGGAUGAAGAUCGACAAGUGUGACAACAGGAAAAACGCCGUAGUGGACGACAAGGGUAAGACUUUGGGUGUCUGCCUGCCGUUCAGGGGAAGCGGGUUCUCUCAACGGGGCGAGGGAGCUUUGCAGAAGUGGACGUCUGAGCAGACCAUCAGCGGCCAGAAGCGGAACCUCGGCUCUCACAAAACGGUGUGGGAGAGGGCAUACACGGUCGCAGUCUGCUGGAAGUUCUACUUCCCGGAUAUUGACAUGCAGGCAUACGGCAUGAAUCCAAACCGUAUUAACAAGUGGCGGGAAGACCUCGACUUCACAACGUGGCUUCCAACAGGGGUGUGGAGCGUCAUCAACGAGCUCCACGUGGACAAACCGGACGGAUUCUCACUUGUUCAAACCAACACGGCUCUUCGGCAGCAGCAAGGGGAUGGCUUUCAGGUAGCUACCUGCGCUGGUGUCGGAAUAACUGCGUGGCAGAAGAUGGUGGGAGGCGUGGAGGGUGAAAACGGCUAUUCGACGGAAGAACACGCAGUCGGACUUGCCGCCACGUUGUCUGUAAUGUGGGCCGCAUCCACGAAUGUGGACCAGACCCAAUGGGAGACGGGUGCAACAUCAGCUGCACGUGGAACUUCUAUGGCCAUAGCAUUUUGUGCUGCCAGAUCGUCCACUGCUGCCACCGUCUCGCCGGUUGCCUCGUCAUCUUCUGCGACCGAUGUGACCUCUGCCGUCCUCGAUGCCCUUCCGACGCUUGCAGCCUCUGUUGCUUGCGUUGCGGUUGAGGCGAUGAGGUCAGGCGUCUGCCUCGGAGUCCUGCAGAAGAAGUUGGGCGGCCGGGAUACCACAACAGGGGCGGAUAAGAAGAAAACUAAGAAAUCGUCAGCGAAAACGAACGCGACGAAGGAUGCGUCGACGGAGGAGAACACCGGCACUGGCGACCAGGAGUGA